GCCGCUCCAUGGGCCGGGGACGCGGCGGUAGUUGCGGCCGCGACAUGGCGGGGGGCCGCGGGUGCCCGGCGCGGCGCUGAGCCCCCGCAGAGGCGUGCUCCUCCCGGACUGCCCCCAGCGUGCCCCCACCAUGCCCGUGGCCACCGUCCUGCUCUGGGCCACCCUGCUGACCCUGGGCUGGCGGGCAGCCCACGGCAAGGACGGCGUGCCUCCUACCCCCAGGGUGCAGCUCUCCUUCAAAGAGCUGAAGGCCACCGGCACCGCGCACUUCUUCAACUUCCUGCUCAACUCCAGUGACUACCGCAUCCUGCUGAAGGACGAGGACCACGACCGCAUGUACGUGGGCAGCAAGGACUACGUCCUCUCUCUGGACCUGCACGACAUCAACCGCGAGCCCCUCAUCAUCCACUGGCCUGCCUCCCAGCAGAGGAUCGAGGAGUGCAUCCUGUCGGGCAAGAACAGCAAUGGGGAGUGUGGCAACUUCAUCCGCCUGAUCCAGCCCUGGAACCGGACUCACCUCUACGUGUGCGGCACCGGCGCCUACAACCCCAUCUGCGCCUUCAUCAACCGUGGGCGCAAAGCACAGGGCUUUCCGCCGAGCCAGCCCCUCCAGCCGGGAGGCCGGGAGAGCAGAGCCGCCGACGGCCCCCGCAGCCCGAGACCAGCAGAAAGCAAGGAUUAUAUCUUCUACCUAGAGCCGGACAAGCUGGAGUCAGGCAAAGGGAAGUGUUCUUAUGACCCCAAAGUGGACACCGUCUCUGCAUUGAUAAAUGAAGAGCUCUAUGCUGGGGUCUACAUCGACUUCAUGGGCACUGAUGCAGCCAUCUUCCGCACUAUGGGCAAGCAGACAGCCAUGAGGACAGACCAGUACAAUUCACGCUGGCUCAACGACCCUGCCUUCGUCCGUGCCCAGCUCAUCCCUGACAGCAGCGAGAGGAAUGAUGACAAACUCUACUUCUUCUUCCGGGAGAAGUCGGCGGAUGCCCCGCUCAGCCCCGGGGUCUAUUCCCGCAUCGGGCGCAUCUGCCUGAACGACGAUGGAGGACACUGCUGCCUGGUGAACAAAUGGAGCACCUUCCUGAAGGCCCGGCUCGUCUGCUCCGUGCCAGGACCCGAUGGGAUCGAGACACACUUUGAUGAGCUUCAGGACGUCUUCAUCCAGCAGACUCAGGACACCAAGAAUCCUGUUAUCUACGCCGUCUUCUCCGCAUCGGGGUCGGUGUUCAAGGGCUCGGCUGUCUGCGUUUACUCCAUGGCCGACAUCCGCAUGGUGUUCAAUGGGCCCUUCGCGCACAAGGAGGGCCCCAACUACCAGUGGAUGCCCUACACGGGCAAAAUGCCCUACCCCCGGCCGGGCACCUGCCCCGGGGGGACCUUCACACCCUCCAUGAAGUCAACCAAGGACUACCCCGACGAAGUGAUCAACUUCAUGCGCUCUCACCCUCUGAUGUACCACGCCGUCUACCCGGCCCACCGGCAGCCUCUGGUCGUGCGCACCAACGUCAACUACCGCUUCACCACCAUCGCUGUUGACCAGGUGGACGCGGCAGAUGGGCGCUAUGAGGUGCUUUUCCUGGGCACAGAUCGGGGCACGGUGCAGAAAGUCAUUGUGCUGCCCCGGGAUGACAUGGAGACAGAGGAGCUGAUGCUGGAGGAGAUCGAGGUGUUCAAGGUGCCAGCACCCAUCAAGAUGAUGACCAUCUCCUCCAAGAGGCAACAGCUUUACGUGUCCUCGGCAGUAGGAGUGACCCACCUGGCCCUGCACCGGUGUGACGUGUAUGGAGAAGCCUGUGCUGACUGCUGCCUGGCCCGCGACCCAUACUGUGCCUGGGAUGGCAAGGCCUGCAGCCGCUACUCAGCAUCCUCCAAGAGGCGGAGCAGGCGGCAGGACGUCCGGCACGGCAACCCCAUGCGCCAGUGCCGAGGCUACAACUCCAAUGCCAACAAGAACACGGUGGAGGCCGUGCAGUACGGGGUGGAGGGCAGCACCGCCUUCCUCGAGUGCCAGCCCCGCUCUCCACAAGCCACCGUCAAAUGGCUGCUGCAGAAGGACAACAGCGACCGACGGAAAGAGCUGCGCACAGAGGGCGGCCGGGCACUGCGGACAGAGCAGGGCUUGCUGCUGCGUGCCCUGCAGCUCUCCGACAGCGGCCUCUACUCCUGCACCGCCACCGAGAACAACUUCAAGCACACGGUGACCAAGGUGCAGCUGCGAGUCCUGGCCGCCCGCGCCGUGCACGCCGUCCUGCUGCAAGGCGAGCUGCCCCCCGCCGCGCUGCCGGGAGCCCCAACGCCGCGCUACCAGGACCUGCUGCAGCUGCUCACCCGCCCCGAGCUGGGACUCCUCGACCAGUACUGCCAGGGCUUCUGGCGACCGCCGGCCCCCGGCCCCCCCGAACCGCUGGCUGCCCUCAAAGCCAAGGAGCUGCAGGACCAGAAGAAGCCAAGGAGCCGCCGGAAUCACCCGCCAGAGAGCUGCGGGCACACAUGAACCCCCUCCCCAGGGACUUUGCUAGCACAAUGGUCUAUUUUUCCCUCCUUUUAAUAUUAAAAAAGAAAAAAAAUAUCUAUAAAUAAAUAAAUAUAUAUAUAUACCCACACCCACACCCAUGCAGGCAGACGCGCACGCAUGCUCGCCCCCCACCCCCCCCCACCCCCUACCCCCUCGCUCCCCUUACCCUCUCCUGCCGGCAGUGGUAUUUAUUUGCAGGUUGUACAUAGUCACUGGGGUGACACCAACAUCACCUCCCGGCACUGGGGACGGUGGAGGACCUGGGGGUGGCUGCAUCCUGAGCCUCUCAUCCCUCCCCUUCCUGGAGCUCCGUGGGGCUCCGGGUCCUGGUGUGAUGGGCGGCCCUGGUGCAGGAGGGGUGAUGCCCUUUGGGGUAUGGCGCUGCCACGCAGAGGGGGACGAGCCGGUGAUGGGAGGGGACAAACCAGCAGCGAGAGGUGUCACGGGGUGAGCUCAGUCUCAGCGCCUCAGUUUCCUCUUCUGGUUAUUUUGGAGCCAAAGCUGGGAGGAGGCUGGGCUGCAGGCACGGGGACAUGGCCUCGUCCCCCGCUGAGGACAGGACACGGGCCGCACGACGGGGACACGGCCAGGAGGGGUGAGAUGAGGCAUCCUGCCUAUCGCUGGGGUUGUAAAUAGUUGUAGGGGAGGAGUGCAGGGGCGGCCAGGUGUCCCCCCUCCCCGCAGCCUGCAGCACGCCCAAAUAAACACUGGCUUUGGGAC